AUGGCCUCGUACAAUGGACACAGGGUCCUGUCAGGCCCACCAGUGAGCGCGCGAGGUGCCUCUGGGUUGACGAGACUCUUCGCUUUCGCUCAGCCCUUCUUUGCGACGUCAACACCGCUUAUUGGCGUGCACCCGUCAAUGUCGACAUAUGUACGCUACUACAACAACAACAACAACAACAACAACAACAACAUCAUCAUCAUCAUUAUCAUAGUACCAGGCCGUGCGAAUGGACCGCCGGUCGGUGGCAUCAUGGCCAACAACAAUACCCCGUCUUUCCUCCCCACCGUUGCAUAG